CUUCAUAAAGAGCGGGAGCGGUGGGCGGGGCGGGAGAAGGUUCUAGCAGGUGUCAGUUGUCGGCUGUUCGGCGUGCUGCGCGGCCUCAGCGUGUCGCGAUGACCCGUGGAAAUCAGCGUGAACUUGCCCGACAAAAGAAUCUGAAGAAGACUCAGGAAACUCUUAAAGGGAAAAGGAAAGAGGAUAGCUUGUCUGCAUCUCAGAGAAAGCAGAGAGACUCUGAAAUAAUGCAGCAGAAACAGAAGGCAGCAAAUGAAAGGAAGUCUCUGCAAGCAGGAGCAAAAUGAACUGUCUGUGUGGAGAAGAUAAAGCAGAAGGGCCUAGAAGAUCAUUCAUAACAUGACUUGCGUUAAAUGAUUAAAUGUUUAUCUUGCAGCCUUGUUCAACUAGCAUUAGUUUGUUUUCUGUUUAAUACAGGCUUAGUUGUCUGGAAUGCCAUUUCAAAACUGACUGUAGUCUUCUGCAUGUGUAAAAAUGAUCAUACCUAGUAAUAGCUUUACUCCAGCUAUUGCUGCUUUUGUAGAUUUUACCUAAUGGUUCCAGUCAUCAGUUUUCUAAAUCUACAGCGAGACCUGCUUUUCUUGUCUUAACUUUUGAAGUACAACAUCAUUCACAAUGAAAUGCAAUGUGUCAAAUGUGCUUGGACUAACAGAGAUCCGAACUGUGGAACUCAUAUUUUUACAAUAAAGUGUUGCAUGAAAUACUG